AUGGAAUCAAAAGAUAAUUUAUAUGAUGAAUUUGGUAAUUAUAUAGGUGAAGAUAUUGAUAGCGAUGAAGAAAGUUCUGAAGAAAAUGAAGACGAUAAUGAAAAUGAAGAAAAUAUUGAUGACGAUGAUAAAAUAGAAAGUGAAGAAGAUAAAGAAGAUGAGGAAGAAGACGAAGAGGAGUAUGAUACAAAUUUAAAUAAAAAAGAAAAAACCAAAAAAAGUUUAAAUGACAAUUUAGAUGAAUUACAAAAAGUUUAUGAUGGAGUAGAAGUUUUUGUAGAAGAAGAAGAUACGCAAGAUAUAGAAGAGGCAACGAUAAAUAAAAUAAAUGCAAACGUAGAACGAAUAAGUUUUAUUAAAAAAUUAGAUGUAGAAGCAAAUAGAAAAAAUUUCGAUUUAGUAGAAACCAAUUUACCAAAUAAUACUUUUAGUUUUAAAUUUUUAUAUGAGUUAAUGCAUCAAACACAAUUUAUAAGAAAUAUAUGUAUAGCAGGUCAUUUUCAUCAUGGCAAAACUACAUUUGUAGAUAGAUUAAUUGAACAUACACGAGAUAAAAAAAACAAAACAAAAAUAUAUAACUCCAAUAAUAAAAAUAGUAGUAGUGUUAGUUUUUUUAGUUUAAAUGCAGAAAAUGAAAGCACAAUAAAAAAAAAGGAUUCAAUAGAAAAUACCAUAACUCCAUAUAAUAGCAAAAAAAUUGAUUAUUUAAUGAAUUAUACUGAUACAAGAUUAGAUGAACAAGCUAGAGGUUUAUCUAUCAAAGCAAUUCCAAUAUCUUUAAUUUUUCAGAAUAAAGUAUAUGAAAACAUACCUAGCAACAUAUUGCUAAAUAAAAAAAAGGAAAAUUUAAAAUAUAAAUCAUACAUUUUUAAUAUAAUAGACACUCCUGGGCAUGUAAAUUUCUUUGAUGAAUUUUUAUGUUCAUUAAAUAUUUGUGAAUGUUGCUGUUUAGUAGUUGAUGUUAUUGAUGGUUGUAUGUAUGUGACAGAAAAUAUAAUAAAAAGUUGCAUAUAUGAAAAUGUAAAAAUUAUAUUAAUUAUUAAUUGCAUAGAUAAAUUAAUAAUGGAUUUACGUUUACCACCUAAUGAUGCAUAUCAUAAAAUAAAUUAUACUAUUGAAGAAAUAAAUAUGAAAAUAGAAUCUAUUUGUGAUUUAUUAAAUAAAAGUAAAAAAGAAAAAAAAAGUUUUUUGCUAUCUCCAUUGAAAAAUAAUGUUUUAUUUAGUUCUAGCAUAUAUGGGAUAUUUUUCACAUUGAAAUCUUUUAGUAAAAUUUAUUGUAAUUUAUAUAACACAUACAAUAUUGAUAUAGAUGAAUUUUCUCAAUAUUUAUGGGGUGAUAUUUAUUUUAAUGAAAAAGAUUUUUCUUUUACGUCUUCACCUCUUUAUGCGAAUCAAAAAAGAUCAUUUGUUGAAUUUAUAUUAAAUCCAAUUUAUAAAAUAUUUGGUUAUGUAUGUUCAGAAGAACAAGAGUUUUUAAUACCAUUUUUAAAAAAUUUUAAUAUAUCUUUAAAAAAAAGUGAUUAUUUAUUUAAUAAUAAGUAUCUAUUAAAAAAAAUUAAUGGAAUGAUAUUUGAAGAUACUACAGCAUUUGUAGAUGUAAUCAUAGAUAAUUGCCCAUCUCCGUUGGAAAAUGCAAAAAAUAAAAUCAUGCAGAUAUAUUCAGGAUCCCUAAAAACAAAAAUAUGUUAUGAUAUGAUGAGAUGCUUAAAAGGGGAUCAAACAGAUAAUUUAAUGGUAUAUAUUAUUAAAAACUACCACAGGCCUGAAUGUUUGAUGCUUGAUUUAUUCGGAAGGGUUAUGUGUGGUACUAUAAGAAAAGGCCAAACAGUUCGUAUAUUAGGAGAAGGUUAUAGUUUAAAUGAUGAUGAAGAUAUGAUUACUAGAGUAAUAACUCAUUUGUGGAUUUAUGAAGGAAGGUAUAGAAUAGAGGUAGAUGAGGUUCCUGCAGGGAACUUUGUUUUAAUAGGUGGAAUUGAUAUUUGCAUAAAUAAAACAUGUACUAUAACAAACAUAAAAAAAAAAAAAAAAAAGUAUGAUUCAGAUAAAAUGAUUUUAGAUAAUGAAAAUAAUAUAAAAAAAAUAGAAAAAGAUAUUUUGCUUGAUGAGCAAGAUGCUGAAAUAUUUUAUCCUUUACAUAAAAAAUUUAAAUACAUAAAUUGUGCAAAUUCUGUUUUUAAAGUAGCCUGCGAACCAAUAAAUCCAUCUGAAUUACCAAAAAUGUUAGAUGGGUUAAGAAAAAUUGAUAAAUCGUACCCUUUAUCUAGUACAAAAGUAGAAGAAUCUGGAGAACAUAUAAUUUUGGGAACAGGAGAAUUAUACUUAGAUUGCAUUUUACAUGAUUUAAGAAAGUUAUAUGGGGAUUUAGAAAUUAAAGUUUCAGAUCCAGUAGUACAAUUUAAUGAGACUAUAAUUGAAACAUCUGCUCUUAAUUGCUUUGCUGAAACUCCAAAUAAAAAAAACAAAAUAUAUAUGAUAGCGGAACCUUUACAAAAAGAUUUAAUGGAUGAUAUUGUUCAAGGAUUGGUUCAUUUAAAUAAGAAUCAAAAUAUUAAUAUAGAUGAGUAUCUAGAUGCUGUUGAUAACUUAUUAUACAAGAAUGACAAUAAGAAAAAAGAAGAUGAUACUGCUAUGCAAAAUAAUGAAAUAUUAAAUGGAGAUAUUUUCAAUGAAGAGCAAAACAUAGAAAAAGAGAAUAAAAGAAAUGAUAUAGAAGUGGAAAAAAAGAAAAAUACGUUAAACUAUGAUAUCGAUGAAGGUGUGGUAUCUUUAUUAAGUAGUAAAUACAAUUGGGAUUUACUCUCUAUAAGAUCUAUUUGGUCAUUUGGUCCAGAAAAUAAUAGCCCAAAUAUAUUAGUAGAUGAUUCUUUAUAUAAAGAAACAAAUAAAGAUAAUUUAUAUUCUAUUAAAGAUAAUAUAAUUCAGGGUUUUUGUUGGGCAACUAAAGAAGGGCCAUUAAUAGAAGAAAGUAUGAAGAAUGUGAAAAUAAAAAUAUUAAGAGGAGAUAUAGAUAGUGACCCACUUAAUAGAGGAGCAGGACAAAUAAUACCUACUACAAGAAGAGCUAUUUAUUCUUCCUUUUUAUUGGCUACCCCAAGAUUAUUAGAACCUAUUUUGUUUACUGAAAUUAUAUGUUCAGGAGAUUCAGUUUCUUCAGUUUAUAAUGUUUUAUCGAGAAGAAGAGGCCAUAUAUUAAAAGAUUUUCCAAAAGUAGGAACACCCUUAUAUAUGGUUCAUGCAUAUAUACCUGCAAUUGAAUCUUUUGGUUUUGAAACUGACUUAAGAACUCAUACAAGUGGCCAAGCAUUUUGUUUAAGUAUGUUUGAUCACUGGCAUAUUGUUCCAGGGGAUCCAUUAGAUAAAUCCGUUAUAUUGAGGCCAUUAGAACCAGCUCCUAUUCAGCAUUUAGCAAGGGAGUUUUUAUUAAAAACAAGGAGAAGGAAAGGUUUAACUGAAGAUGUAACCAUUAAUAGAUUUUUUGACGAUCCGAUGCUAUUAAAUAUAAAAGAUGAAUUUUCUGAAUAUUUUUAA